GAACCAAUGUAUGUGUCUUAUUGUUCAGGCGGAGCGGGUUUAUUGGUGCACCUUUGUUAAGCUGUUUGCCUCCCACCUUACUUUUCUAAUUGGAUUAAACGGGCAGAAUGACGGAGAACACGGAGCACAAACCUGAUUAUGAGGAACGGUUUGCCCACAGAUUCUCAGCCGACGACGCGAUUUACCAGGUGUAUCGGAGCCGGCCGGCAGACCCGCCGCCCAUCGUGGAGAACUGGAGCUCUAGAGGCAGAGAUCACAGACACCGAGGAGGUGGUGGACGGGGAGGAGGAGGAGGAGGUCAUGGCUGGCAUGGAGAUCGGGGUUGGGGAGGAGAUCGGGGUUGGAGAGGAGAUCGGGGUUGGGGAGGCGAUCAUCGCAGGCAGCAAGACCGUCGGGGUCAUGAGAGUGGCCACCAGUCAGGCCACCAGUCAGGCCACCAGGGAUACAACCCUUACAACCAGAGACCAUACCACAGCUAUUAAUCCCAAAAUCCUUUUCUGGCACUAGAAUGUACAGCGCAGUACAGAGUCCCGGUCCAAUACCUCGCCCUCAUAGUGAAGAUAAAGGUUUAACAAUUUGCAGGGGUUUGUCCUAUGCAGCAGAGAAGUUAGUUCAUCAUUAACAAGAAGAAUGGUUUACACUUAAAUCCUACUCAUACUGAUUAUAGCUGCAGCUAUUUUCUAAUCUCCACCGGUAAUCCAACCAAUUAUGGGAAGUAACCUGCAUUUAUGAAGGGGUGUGUUUUCCUUUGUUAUAUGAAUAGGCACACUGUUGGAACUGAAAAAACAUAUGUUUAUAAUGUAGCUAUAGUUGCUACAUCAUUUAUACUUAAUUUGUAUUACUGAAAUGUUCAGCUGGUCCGGAUGCAGCUGCUGAAUCUGACUGGCCCCUGAAACUGUAUUUUACUUGAGUGUUGUUACUUAAGUGUUUUUAUUUGAGUAUUUCACUAUAAGCUACACAAGUGUACAUUGGUGGAGAAACCUCUUCAAUAAAAAUACGUUUCCUUUUUCUACUUAAUAUUUGAGAUAUUGAUUGAACUGAUGUGAGAGAAAAUUAGUAAAUAAACAAUCUAAACAACAUGAUCAAAGGAUAGAUAUUUAAAUUGGUGAGUAUGAUUCCAUUGAUGGCUGAAAUAUGAUUCAUGGCUUGGUUAACUUUCUUUUAUUUAAAGUUCUAUUUGACCAGAUUAGUUUCAUAUUAGCUAUUCAGUAGUAGCAGUUAACGAGCUACAACACUGCAUAAGAAACUAUUUGCAUUAAGUCGGGCAGAGAAGCAAGACCAAUGAGGCAACACCGAUGUAAAUUCAAAACAAACUUUAUUUAUAUAGGGCCUUUCGUGCUAAAUUGCAAUACAAGGUGCUUAACAAUAAA